CUUGGAAGAGGCCUGGGAGGGCUGAAAGGACCAAGGACGAGGGAGUCCCCGGGACGCCGGUGGAAGCCUUGAGAGGCUUGUAUCCUGCCAGGCGUGACUCGAUGAGGGCUUCAUUUCCCUUUUUUCUUUUGACGCGCCGUGGUGUCUUUUUUUUCCUUCUGCCGGCAGUCGCAAGAAAUUAGAAGCAGGAGAACUUCAGUGCCAUUUCAAGAAGAUAAAUAGAAGAUAAAUAGCUCAAAUUGGUAUUCUGCAAGUGGAGUUGCUGUUGGAAACAGACAUGGUGGAUGGCAUGACAAGGCAUUCUGAAAUGAAGCUAAACUGGAAACUUGAUAGGACCUCAAGACCAGGUUCAGCAACAGUUAGGGUUACAGAUCUCAGCUGGCAAGGUCUCCUGAACCCCAAUCCAUCUAUUAAAGAAGAUGAAGAGCUACUUGUGGAUGAAUAUCUUUCUCCCCAUAAACUGAAAGCAUUGACAGGGCUAGAUGAUCUGCGGCAACUGAAGGCCCUUGAGAUGCGUGUAAACACCAGAGAAAAUAGUCUGGGAAAUUUUGGUUCUUACCUCCCUAAUCUGAAACAACUAAAACUGAAUGGAAGUAUACUUACAUCUGUGAGGGACCUUGGAACAGCACUGCCUCGUCUUCAAGUCCUGUGGAUGGCUCGCUGUGGGCUCCCAGAUUUAGAUGGGAUCGCUUCCUGCUGCUCUUUGAAGGAACUCUACAUAGCCUACAACAAUAUUGGUGACCUAAGUCAAAUUAGCCUACUGGAGAACCUUGAAAUUCUAGAUUUAGAAGGAAACAACAUUGAAGAUCUUAGUCAGAUUCAAUACCUGCGGCUCUGUACUAAGCUGACCAAUCUUACAAUAGAGGGAAAUCUUAUUUGCUUGAAGCCAAGCCCGCAAUCUUCAGAGGACCCAGAUUACAAUUACAGAGUUGAAGUGAAAAAACUCAUCCCUCAUUUAAAAUGUUUGGAUGAAAUACCAGCAAAUCAGACUGCUAUUCCUUUUCCAUGCAAAAUGAAUAAGGACUGGCUUAUUGUCAAGGAAUCAAUCAAAGAAGGAAGUUUAAUUGAGGAAGCUUCAGGUUCAGAUUCUCAGUUAGGACUCCUAACAAGAAGGCUGGGCUCUGCUCUGCGGCCUGCUGCAACUCCCUUUUUGCUAGGUUCCAGACCUCAGGCUCUCCAGAGAUCUCCCAGUGCUCAUUUGCUUUCUGGUUGUAGCACUCUCCUGGAAUCCACCAUCUGUGAUGAGAUAUUGCCUGAUGAUGAUUCAAGUGACCUGACCCAUGGUGUCAGCAGAGUUAUAUGUGGGAACCCCAUCAAAGCUCUUCAUGCACGAAGACAGAAAUUAGGUUCUGCAGUAACAAACCUGUUCCAGCCACCGUGUCAUCUGGCAGAAUAUAAUUAUGAUUUUGAAGAAACUGGCAGUGUAAAUGAGAGAGACAUCUUUGCUGAGCUGAAAGCCUUGCAAGAACAGCAUUACCAGCACAUGCAAGCCUUCCAAAGGGUGAAAUCUCCCCAGCUGCUGAAAAUAACACACAGUGAUGAAGAAGGGGAAGGGGAAGAAAAAGGCUGCAGCCUGAAUUACAUCUGUGAUGAAGAUUUCAAAGAAGCCUUUCAGGGGGACCUCACACAAAUUACCUCAGCAGAAGCUUCUUCUUGUUCCCAUCUUUCUCAGGUGUCAUCAGAUUUAUCACAUAGCCCGGCAAAUACAUUACCAAGCAUUGUAAAGCGCUCUCUCCAACCUUCUCCUCCAAAAUGCCCUUCACCUGCAUCCAUGGGUGUGACACCUGGAUUUGUGAGAGCUAGACACCUGAAAAUACCUAAUUCAAAAAAAGCUGUGUUAAAGCUGCAGCCUCCAUUAGUUGUGAACAGGGACGAAGUGCAGCAUAUGGCUGAAAGGACUGCUGUUCUGAAUCUCUACAGGAAACCAGAUUCACCCCCUAAUGCAGCACUCUUCACACAGAGGCAAACGGUUUGUGGCAGCAAACAGAUCAGGAGACCCAUUUCAGGACCAGCAGCAUUUGGACCAACAAAUAGAGCCACUAUGGACAGAAGCCUACCUAAGACAAUCAGCCAUCACAUACCUGUCAGUCAUUCAUACACAAAUAUGCCAGAGAGAUUUGCAGUACUGAACAUGGUCCACCCUCUGAGCGCCAAAGCUGCCCUGCAGAGCUUGUCAAAAAGGCCGGAUAUCUCAAUGAUUGCUCAAAGCAAGACUCCCCAGUUGUAGGAAAUGCCUCAAACAGCUGUGCAUAUCUUACUGCCAGGUCUCGGCUGUACUUGAUUUCCCAUCUUCCCAUGAGCAACACAGGCCAGCUUCUCUGAUUCAGCAGCCUGAUUCAUCACUGAGGGUGACAGUGCCCCUACGCAAGCAGAGCAGUUGAAAGAAACAACUUGAUUUCUCUCCAAUUAAACUGCUGCUGUGAAGAGAGAAUCAGUCAUUCUCCCCACCCCCACCCCAGGAACUUUUCUCUCUAGCAGGCUUUGAAAGGAAAGGAGAAAGGGCUUGUGCCCUCUGUAGCUCCUUCUGAUGACUACAUCACUGGUGUAGAACAGCUGUUUGAGUGGCCUCAGGAACUAGGGUGGUUUCCUUGACUCAGCUGGUGGGAGGAUGAUACAACCGGUUCCCUCAGGUAACCAGCUGCAGUUCCAAAGUGUCAGCCUUCUCUCCUAGUGAUUAAGAGACUGAGAACAUAAGCAGCUGCACUUGGCUUAGUCUGAAGGAUAUGGGGGUUUUUCCCCCUGUUCCUUGAGCAGCAGACUCAUUGGUUUCAGGUACUGGUUUCUACUUCAACUAACGUAAACAAACUAUGUUGCUUGGUUACCAUUUUCAGCAUGGAAUUACCAAAUAGCAAGAAGUGUAGGACCAAUUGACCAAAUCAUUUUAAUUUAUUUGUGCUUGAAAGAAAUACGUGGCAUACCUCGAGAAUGUAUUUUCUUCAAGUCAGGUGUGCUGUAUCUUUAUACCAGACAUGGGUGGUUCUUAAUAAUUCCUCUUUACCUCAACCUCUUCAUGUCUUUACUUUCUUUCAGUUCAAAUUUCCCUAAGUUGUAGAGCAUUUUUAGAUUGAAAGAGAAAAAUGCAUUGUUCAUAAGUGUCAACAUUUAGGUAAGAUGUGCAAUGCUAUUCCAGCAAUCUUGCCUAUCCAUUGGCACACACAUGGAUACAGUUAUCACUUGAUCUUUGAUUUGUAACAUGGGUCAUGUUGUUAUGAAAAUCAGGGAUUCUCACAUAUGGCUAGUAGGUGGCUCUGUUUUUUGAUUGUGGCAUUUGGAGCAAAUUCUGCCACAGUCCUGGGAUUUGUUACUUGCCAUAGUUCAUACUGUAUCUUUCUCCACACAAGUCCUACAAACUCUAUCUGCUAACAAAAGAAACAAAAGUUUGUGUGAAUUGAAACUCAAGUAUGUAUAGGUAAUUAUUAUUGUGACUAUUUUGAAACCAAGUAUUGUAUUGUAGUUUUCAAAAUUAAUAUUAGAUAAUUUUGGAGUGACGUUUACAAAGUUAUAAAUUAUGCAACAAUCCAAGCUAUAAGCUAUCUGUUUUUGUUCAGAUUUUUUAAAAAUGCAUAAUGAUAUCAGUGAUGUUUACAUAAAAUCUUCAGUAUGUUUUUAUGUUGAAGCUUUUAAAUAUUUGUAAAUCAUGAAAAGCCUUAGAUCUUCCAAAUCUGUGCUUCUAUUCAUGCCAUAGUGGGAUCCUGCUGAAUUCCAUAUCUGGAAUAUAGGUUUAUAGGAAACCUGUACCCAAGAUCAUAAAAUGAUAUGUGGGAACAUUAGAAUAGGUAUAUCCUAUAACUUAAUUUUCUUCUUCAAUCCAGUUUUUGUAGUAUUGAAAGUCUGCCUUUUUUACAUACUCAAAAUAUGAGCAAGGAAGCAAUCUAGCUUUUCAUAUGUUCAUAUACAGUAUCUCUAUAAAGAACUUAGUAUAGCAAAAAUAUUUUGUAAGUUGGAUUCGGAUUUAUAUACUGAAAUCAAGGAGAUUCCAACCAACCUCAAAAACCCUUGAAUUGCUGUGUUUUCCCUAAGUAACUAAAUCCAACCCACAGAAUUUCCAGUCUUAUAUGAAGAUAGUGACUAAAUCUGUCAAGUAGUAGCCCAUUCACUUGCUCAUAUCAUUAUGCGUAGGGAAAUGCAGAAUUUAAGUUAUGAUUGCUAAGUUAGAGCUUGAUUGGAAAAGAAAAGUGGCUUUCAUUAAAUUGCAUUCAUUUUUUUAUGUUUAAACAUACUGUAAGAACUGCCAAUUCCUGUCUACCAAUGCAAAAAAAGUUGACUUAUAUUAAUUGUAAAAAAGCACCAAGGGGAAAGGUGCCAAAGCCUUCCAGACUUUACCUGACCUUCCAUAAGGACGUUCCCGUUUUCUUUUUCUUUCUUUUUUCUUUUUUUCUUUGCUAAAUUUGGUUGUUAGAUAAGUGAUAUAUAGGGAAAAAUUAUUUCUAGGAAGCUGCUGUGAGGAGAAGCAAUCAAUCACAGUUGGAGAAUCUGACCCUUAUUAGAAUCCAAAUUAUUUGCCAACUUCUCAAUUUAGCAGGGAAAUACCUUUCUUCAGCUCAACACUUCACCAAUCAACAGCAAGAGAACCUGUUCAUAAUGAAUCGGGAUACUUUUUCUGUUCUCAUGCUAAAACAUUUCUCAUAAUUUAGAAGACGAUUCUUCCUUCCAUAGUAGCUAAACACAUAUUAAUGGCGUACUUGCCUCAGAACUGGAAGUGCAACUCACAAAAGUAAGUGUACUUCGUCAGACAAAUUAUGAUGCCUGCUUUAUAUUUAAAGAAUCCACACA